GAGGAGGAGGAGGAGGAGGAGGAGGAGGCUGGGAUGAAUUAAGGGUCAGUCCAGGUUUGGUCCUCGACAGGAGUGGAUCUUCUUCUGAAUGUGUGUGAGGAAUGAGUGUGUGUUGUGUUUGCUCAUUCGCCCUGCACCGCGGACACAGUCACCCUCCGCCAUGACUCGGACCAGCUUCUUCGAGGUGAGUCUGAAGGUGAAGGUCCUGGAUGCCGACACCAAAGAGCCGCUUUGCCUUUUAGAUAAGGUGGAGCCCUGCUCAACCGUCGCAGACAUCAAGAGCCUUUUUCACAAAUCAUAUCCCCACUGGUAUCCAGCAAGACAGGCCCUGAAGCUGGAUCCCAAGGAGAAAUCGCUCAGAGACGAUGAAAUCUUACAGAAUCUGCCAGUUGGGACCAGUGCCACCAUGUACUUCAGAGAUCUCGGUCCACAGCUGGGUUGGACUAUGGUGUUUGUCGCAGAGUGCAUUGGGCCUCUUCUCGCCUACCUCCUCUUCUACUUCCGAGUCCCGUACAUUUACUCCCACAGAUACGCCUUCACCUCCAGUCCGCACCCUGUUGUCCCGCUGGCCUGUGCCUGUCACACCUUCCACUACAUGAAGAGGUUGAUUGAGACCGUCUUUGUGCAUCGUUUCGCCCACGGGACCAUGCCUCUCAGGACCAUAGUCAGGAACUGUGCUUAUUACUGGGGUUUCUCAGCCUGGUUGGCCUACUACAUCAACCACCCUCUUUAUACACCUCCAUCUUUCGGGGAGCUGCAGGUUAACUAUGCAUUCAUCAUGUUUGUGGUGUGUGAGCUGGGAAACUUUUCCAUACACGUGACUCUGAGAGCGGAUGGUAAGCUGCUGAGCUCGUUUAUCCAUUUAGAGCUUAAAGGAGGAAUACACCAAAAUGUUUACAUUGAUCGAGGAGCAGAAGGUUUCCUGUGCCGACUAAGAACCCCUUCACGUGGCUGUUUUUCUUUGUAUCCUGCCCAAACUACACAUACGAGGUCGGAGCUUGGUUGCUUUGUACACAUUACUGGGGUUCGUUCAGAUGAGCAUCUGGGCCAAAGGGAAGCACAGAGCCUACAGCAGGGAGUUCAAGGACUAUCCCAGCCUCCGGGUGGCCAUCAUCCCUCUGAUUCUCUGACGGGAACCCCAAACACGACCUGCUGCAGCACACGCGAUCGACCGAUCGACCGCUGUGCAAGUUCCUCAUAUCUGUGAACGAACUGAAAGCAGUUUGAGUGGGAGUUACGGCAAGACACUGGGACAUUUUGUUUCAGCGAGUUUGGGUUUCUUCACAGUAGUUUGAUGUCACGGUUGUGAUAUUAGAUGAAUCUUCAUCACAUUCACUGAGCUGCUCACACGUAGCUGCUGGCACAAAUUCGAUUUGAACCAGUGAGUAGCUGUGGCUGCACGCUGACUCAUGUUGUGUUACUUUUUGUUAAUGAUGACAGAUUACAGCACUAAUAAAGUUUUCAGAUUAGAG